GAAGAAAGGGUGGAGUCAAUGGUUUCUCCGACCGGCGGCUGCCCUUGUCUCAGAUCAGCCCAUUUUCUCCGACCCUCCGUCGCCUCCAUCGGCGGCCCCGCCGCCGCUCCUUCACUCGAUUCUUCAACUUCCCCACCCAAGUGCAAAGAUUUGUCUUUUAACGUCAACUUUAUCGGCUGGAAAACUCCGGACAGCAACUGGAAAACAUGGGUGGACCGGAUGCACUCCUCCCACCAUUCCACCUGGAUAGAGGCCGGGAUUUACGACGCCGUCGUCAGCUCCAAAUGCUGCAUCCACCGCCACCAAGAUUUGAUUUUUGAUUUCGUCGACAAAUGGUCCCCGGCCACGAACACGGCGGUGUUCCCAUGGGGUGAAGCGACUUUCACGCUUGAAGACGCGGCGGUGCUCGGUGGGUUCUCCGUCGUCGGUGAGUCGGUUUCUGCCCCUCCUCCCGCCGACGACGAAUCUCAAAAAGUAAUGAAAAAAUUACUCGCCGCCCGAACGAACCUCUGCAAGUCCCCGGCGAGGAAAGCCGGACACAGCAGAUGGAUGGCCAGAUUCAUGGACGGCGACGGCGACGGCGGCGGCGGCGGAGGAAGCGAAAUCGAGCACGAAGCAUUCCUCGCCUACUGGCUAUCAAGGUUCGUCUUUCCCUUCACGCGCGACUCGAUAAUCAAGAGCGUGUUUCCAAUCGCCGUCCACUUGGCCAGAGGCACUAGAGUCGCACUAGCACCGGCGGUCCUCGCCGCCAUUUACAGGAGCCUAACUCUGCUAAAAGCCGCCGUCGCCGCCGCAAGAAAUCAAUCCCAAACCCAACCCAAGAAUCGCGAUUUCCGAGUCAUGAUUUCUGCUCCAUUAGCACUGAUUCAGGUCUGGAUAUGGGAAAGAUUCCCAUCACUAAGAUCCACAAACCCAAUCACCAUCAAACAAUCCCAGCCGAGAUUAGCCCGGUGGGACAACUCGAAGAAAUCGAGCAACCGCAAUAGCCUGCCGACGAUCGAUUCCGCCAGGGAAGAAUUCAAGUGGCGUCCUUAUUCAACAAGAACCAUGCACAAUGUAGUUUCUAGAACAAUCUACAAGGAUGAUCACGGAUACUGGGCGGCAGUUACCUCGGAUUUAGAAGGGCUCGUUCGAUGCUUGAGGGCAAGUGAGCUCGUUAGCCUCGAACCCGGUUGCAUAGAGCAAUAUCUGCCGCAUCGUGUGGCCAUGCAGUUUGGCAUUGAUCAAGAUUUACCAGGACACGUGUCGAGAGUCAAUGUGAAUCCCGAUAUCGCUUGGAGGGAUUAUAUCCGCCCGAUUAAUAAUGGAGAUGCAAAGAUAUACAUACCGCCUCGUGUUUUCGAACCCCGUGUUACGAGCCGGUACUUUAAAUGGUGGCAAAAAUUGAAUCUUGGGUGGAGACGUACAACCGAAAUUGAUGUAGAUGGAAAGUUAUCAGACGACGACGCCUUUGGUUUAAAAGAUCGAGAGAACAACGAAGAAUUUGUGGCGGCUGAAAAAGUUGUCCAUAGGCAGAGCCCUCUCUCUUAUAGUUGUAACAAGGGUUCGAAAAGGAAAUUUGUAGAGAGCUCGUCCGAUUAUAAUUCCCGUGUUUCGCUUUCCGAUCAUCGUUUUGUAGCUGAAUCUUCGAGCACGGGGAUCGGUGACUGUGCAAGCCCAGUUGAAGCAUUUGGGAUUGGACUUGAAGAGAGGAUCAACACUAUUGAAAAGCUGUGUGCUUUGUUAAAAUCUGGAAAACUUGAUCUGCCUUUGAUACUAAAAUCCAGACAGUAA